AUGAGCAAUAUUGUACGUCAAAGUAAAUUUCGACACGUGUUUUGCAAACCUGUAAAACACGAACAAUGUAUGUCUGACGUACGGAUUACGGAAAUUACGUGGGACUCCCUUUUUUGUGCGUGUAAUUCAAAAUUUAUCGCUGUUAUUUGCAAAGGUGCUGGUGGACCUUUUCUUGUCGUUCCUAUUAACAAAGUUUGUUUUUUUAUUUACUUAUUCAAUCAUUCAUCUAUUUUUAAUUAUUAA